AUGAAAGAAGCGGAAGCGUGGAAGGCCAUCGCCACGGCAAAUAUCCUUCAAGCUCGAAGCAAAAGCGGCCGCAGGGGCACGAAGUCACGCACUGGCUGUCUGCUCUGCAAGCAUCGAAGGGUCAAAUGCGAUGAGGGUCGUCCUCGUUGUCAGCAAUGCUCAACAGCAGGACGAAAAUGCGAGUAUGCGGGAUCUAAGUCGCCACCAGAGCCCUCCCGAUCUUCGUCUCCCAGCGAGGACAGCAGUGUCUCAACGAUUGAGCGACAGUUGUCUCCGUGGGCUCUGAAUCCCGGUGACAAACGAACAUUUGACUAUUUCCUUUCUUGGACGGCACCGCGGAUGGGUGGUUCGUCGAUGGACAAGCCGUUUUGGUGUGGUCCGAUGCUUUCACUUGCUCAAAGCGAGCCUGUGAUCCUCGAUGCUCUGCUGGCCAUCUCAAUCCUUUAUGAACAUCCUCAAUACAUGAAGACAUUCCUAACUAACAAUGAACAUUAUCCCACACCCAGGGAUCACCCUGCAAUUUCUCCAGUCUCAAGCAUUGAUAACAACUAUGCAUCUGCGCUGCGAUACUACAAUCGAUCGAUGAAGACAUUGAGGAAGCAAGUCGAAGCCAACAAGGCAAGCACACUGUUGGCGUUGGUCUCUUGUAUGCUUUUCACAUGCAUCGAAGUCAUCAGAGAUUCCGUCUUCUCGGCUCUCGCCCUCCUCACGAAUGGAAUCAAGCUGCUCGAACAAGUCAGCUCUUGUCCUCUUGCUUCGGAUGAUGCGCUUUUCAAACCAACGAGGCAGAUUUUGAUCAGGAUGAGUCUUACAGCUGCUGCGUUUGGGCAUUGGCUGCCGAUUGACAUCACCCCUCAUCCUUUCAUCGGCGGGGAAGACGUCGUGUUCCAUAGUCUGGAAGAUGCUCGCGAUGCGCUGUUUGCGCUCAAUCAGGACGGUCAUAGAUUUCUGCAAGAUGCUGCGCGGUUGUGGAAGGAAUUCACAGAGGCGUCAGAUGCCUCACAUCCCGACAAUCAAUCCAACUUGGACACCUCACCAUUCGAACAUCUAUCGGAUCCGGAGGAAGACCAAUCUCAAAACCAAGACGACGUACUCUACACCCUUCGCUACGGCUGCAGCGCAGAAGCAGCGGUCACGAAACAUCCAGGCCAAGAAGACAUCCCCUUCAUGCUCUACGAGGCAGCCAUGUACGGAGAUUUGUCCCUACUCAUACCUCCUGUCAUCCAAACUGCGGGCGACGAUCUAGAGCAUCGUAUUCGUGAGUGGUACCACGUGUUCGUGCGCAGUGGACUUGCCAGAGACCAUGACGAUGCGGCGUGCAGCUUGCAGAUGCUCUACCAUGUGUUGCUCGUGAGUGUUGCGGUUCGAAUGGCACCCAUGCAGACCGCUUUUGAUGACUAUACUUACCACUUUCGGGAAAUUCUUCGAUUGGCGGCGGCCUACAAUACAAAGAAGUCGGUUGAGAGAGCGGUGUUUACGUUGGAGGUUGGAGCUCUCGCGCCACUUUGGUUCGUGAUCUUGAAGUGUCGGAUUCCGUCUCUACGAAGGCAGGCUUUGAGUCUACUUUCGACGGGCGUUGAAAAGGAGUCCGUCUUUGGAGCAAGGUCUAUGGGCGAGAUUGGCGUACGUAUCAUUGCAUUCGAAGAGCAAGGUCUUGGGCUUUCCUUGCCAUCACUGGGACGCACUUCCCCAAUGCAGGAUAUUGACGAUGAUCGCACACCCUUCGAGGAGCAGAGGAUCCAGAACCUCGAGAUUCUGGUUAAUAGAAUUGUGGGGAGAUUUGAGGUGCGGCUUACGCGAUAUCUGAGAGGAGCAGAGGGACGCCUUUACAAGGAUGUCACGGACGUGCCGCUGUGA